GCAUUGAAUAACAUAGACCUAAACACACUGAUACUGAGAUACUGAGAAUUGACUUUGGCCUGUUUGAAUUUUGAACUGAGAACAAAACAUGGAAGAUUUAACUAUGCAUCCAGAAGCCCGUGCUUAUAUAGACGCUGUUGCCAAAUUAAAUUUAAAACGGUACCAUCAACUAAGCGUGGAAGAUGCAAGAGCAAGACACGAGACUAUUUCGAGGAAUUUCUCUGGAAAAAUAUCUUACGAGGGUCAAAUUGAGGAUAUCAAAAUUCCUUGUACCUACUUAGACUCUGGAAUUCCGGCAAGGCUCUAUAAACCGGAUGGCAGGGAAGAAAGCUGUCCUAUUAUCGUUUACAGCCAUGGUGGAGGCCAUACAGUUGGAUCAAUUAACUCAUAUGACAGCUGCUGUAGGCUUAUGUCCCUGAAAUGUAAGGCUAUUGUUCUAAGUAUUGGGUAUCGCUUGGCUCCAGAAUAUAAAUGGCCUGCUCAACCAGAUGAUUGUCUUACUGCGGUAAAUUGGGUCUUGCAAAAUAAAGACCAAAUAGGAGGUUCUAAGAAAUCAAAAGUCGGUAUCUCUGGUGACAGUGCUGGUGGUCACAUUUCAGCAACUACCGCACAUGAUGUAAAGGAUUUAGAUUUUCAGAUUCUAAUUUAUCCGAAAGUUUGUUCGUAUGUUGUACCUUCAAUAGAAAAAUAUGGCUAUUCUGCAGGAUUAUCAAGAGCAGACGCUGAAUGGUUUUAUGGUAACUAUAUACAGAAAGAUCUCUUUGAUCCUACCGACCCGAGACUUUUUCCAAUUCACCGAAGUAGUUUUAAAGGUCUUCCGAAAGCCAUGAUCAUUAUUGCAGAAAUAGAUCCAGUAGCAGACGAAAGUCGAGAAUAUAUUAAGAAGUUUAAAGAAGCAGGCGAACCCGUAAGAGUCGUCGAAGUAAACGGAGUGGUUCAUGGGUUUUUUCAUCUGAUCGGUAGAAAUUAAAACUAAUUAGUAAGAGUAAAUUCCCUCUAAAAGCUUUUCAUUAAACAGGAGCGAUGAAGGAAAAUUGCGAAAGGGUUUACAAUGAAAUAGCUGACUUCGUAAAAGAAGUUUGUAAUGAAUAGAAUUCAAUAGAUGUUUAAUUGGUAAUGAAUAAUGAGCGAUAAUUGAUAAAUAUCACAUUUAAAGUAUCUAUAGAAAGUUAAUAAGACAUCAAUUUAAUAUAUUUAGUAAUAAAUAAAUGAAUUACCUUACAGAACUUG